ACUAUAUCGGAUCAACAACAACAACAGCCACAGCCCUUUGAUUCAAUGCCUCAAAACUUUGUUGUGUAUUAUAUCUACACUAUACAGCCAACAUCCAAAUACAGGUUUGCUUCAACAUAUCCAACAUUUUUGAGAUCGACCGCUUCUACGGAAACGCCUGUACCACUUUGA